UGAUUACCAACCUUUAAGCUACCAAAUUUUAAGCCUUUCUUUUCCCCUUCUCAAUUCUCACUUCAGAGAGAUUUUUAUUCACCUCAAAAAUCUUCACUUCUUUUCCACCUUUCCCAAUUUCCAAUUUCAAAGUUGGGUUCUUACAAAGUUGGGUCCUUUAAACCGGUAACAUCUCAAUUCUGUUUAAAGUUUGAAUCUCUCUAGUUCUGCUUCAUAUUUCAGCUCUUGUUGUUCCCCCAAGUUUGAAUCUUUCAGUUCAAUUUCUAGUCUUUUGCUGAGUGUGUGACAGUGUCUAGUUUGAAUGUUUGUUCAAGUCUAGUGUUGAUAUGAAUCUCAUUCCAUUGCUUUGAUUCAGCUUAGGAUUUCAUUAAGGGGUUGUGCUUUUUAAGUUGGGAUGUUUGACUUAUUGGGGUUCUGCUGUAGUUUAUAGAGUUGAAAAUGGUAUCGAAAUCGUAUUCCAAUCUGUUGGAGCUUGCCUCAGGCGAGUCCCCAACUUUCGGCCGAAUUGGCCGGAGAAUGCCACGUAUAAUGACUGUGGCUGGCUUGAUAUCUGAUGUUGAUGACGACAAGUCGGAGAGUGUGUGCUCCGAGGUGUCGUCAUCGUCGGUCCAGCGUGACCGGAUCAUUAUAGUUGCUAACCAGCUCCCCAUUAGAGCUCAGAGAAAGUCUGAUACCAGUAAAGGUUGGAUUUUUAGUUGGGAUGAGAAUUCAUUGCCACUCCAACUGAAAGAUGGUUUAGGAGAUGAUGAGAUUGAGGUUAUUUAUGUGGGGUGUCUUAAGGAAGAGAUUCACCCCAAUGAGCAAGAUGAGGUUUCCCAAAUCCUGCUCGAGACUUUUAAAUGUGUCCCUACUUUUCUCCCACCGGAUCUUUUUAGCCGGUACUAUCAUGGCUUUUGCAAGCAGCAGUUGUGGCCAUUGUUUCAUUAUAUGCUGCCGUUGUCACCGGACCUUGGUGGGAGGUUUAACCGGUCGUCGUGGCAAGCAUAUGUGUCAGUGAAUAAGAUAUUUGCUGAUAGGAUCAUGGAAGUCAUUAACCCGGAAGAUGAUUUUGUGUGGAUACAUGAUUAUCAUCUGAUGGUGUUGCCUACUUUCUUGCGGAAGAGAUUCAAUCGAGUGAAACUUGGGUUUUUCUUGCAUAGUCCUUUCCCUUCAUCGGAAAUUUACAAGACAUUGCCUAUUAGGGAAGAGAUUCUAAGAGCCCUUUUGAAUUCUGAUUUGAUUGGAUUCCAUACAUUUGAUUAUGCAAGGCAUUUUCUCUCCUGCUGUAGUCGAAUGCUUGGUCUUAGUUAUGAAUCCAAGAGAGGUUAUAUAGGUCUCGAGUAUUAUGGUCGGACUGUUAGCAUCAAAAUUCUGCCGGUAGGCAUACACAUGGGUCAACUACAAUCUGUUUUGAGCCUCCCAGAGACGGAAGCUAAGGUUGCUGAGCUCAAGACACAGUUCUGUGAUCGGGGUAGGAUAAUGCUACUUGGAGUCGAUGACAUGGAUAUAUUUAAGGGCAUAAGUCUGAAGCUGUUGGCAAUGGAGCAGCUGCUUAUUCAGCAUCCAGAGUGGCAGGGAAAGGUUGUGUUGGUGCAGAUAGCCAAUCCAGCCAGGGGUCGGGGAAAUGAUGUGAAAGAAGUUCAGGCUGAGACAUCGUCAACGGUGAAGCGAAUUAAUGAAGCAUUUGGCAAACCUGGGUAUAAGCCUGUUGUGUUGAUUGAUGAGCCACUUAAGUUUUGUGAGAGAAUUGCAUACUAUGUUGUUGCAGAGUGUUGUUUAGUUACGGCUGUCCGGGAUGGAAUGAAUUUGAUACCAUAUGAAUACAUUAUUAGUCGUCAAGGAAAUGAGAAAUUGGAUAAGGUUUUGGGAUUGGAUUCUUCUGUUCCCAAGAAGAGUAUGUUAGUUGUCUCUGAGUUCAUUGGCUGCUCUCCUUCUUUGAGUGGAGCAAUUCGUGUGAACCCCUGGAAUAUUGAUGCUGUGGCUGAUGCAAUGGACUGUUCUCUGGAGAUGGCUGAGCCAGAAAAACAGCUUCGGCAUGAGAAGCAUUAUAAAUAUGUCAGCACGCAUGACGUUGGUUACUGGGCUCGCAGUUUCCUCCAAGACUUGGAAAGGACUUGCAAGGGUCACUUGCGUCAAAGGUGUUGGGGUAUUGGGUUUGGGUUGAGUUUUAGAGUUGUGGCUCUUGAUCCAAACUUCAAGAAGCUCUCUGUUGAAUACAUAGUGUCAGCCUAUAAAAGGACUACAACUAGGGCAAUCCUUCUUGACUAUGAUGGCACAUUGAAGCCUCAGGCAUCCAUUGACAAGAGCCCAAAUUCGAAAUCGAUCGAAAUCCUGAAUAGUCUAUGCCGUGACAAGAACAACAUGGUUUUAAUUGUUAGUGCUAAGAGUCGAAAAACACUUGCUGAUUGGUUCUCUCCUUGUGAGAAACUUGGACUUGCAGCUGAGCAUGGCUACUUUCUACGGUCGAAGCAAGAUACAGAAUGGGAAACAUUGGUACCAGUUGCAGACAGUAGCUGGAAGCAGAUUGCAGAGCCUGUCAUGAAACUUUACACAGAAACAACUGACGGUUCCACCAUUGAAGAUAAGGAAACUUCACUUCUCUGGUGUUAUGAGGACGCAGAUCCAGACUUUGGAUCAUGCCAAGCCAAGGAACUUAUGGAUCAUCUUGAAAGUGUGCUUGCCAAUGAACCUGUCACUGUUAAAAGUGGGCAGACUUUUGUGGAAGUUAAACCACAGGGUGUAAGCAAGGGACUGGUCGCUAAACGCCUACUUUCCACCAUGCAAGAAAGGGAAAUGCUACCAGACUUUGUUCUCUGCAUAGGGGAUGACCGAUCUGAUGAAGACAUGUUUGAGGUAAUUACAACUUCCAUGGAAGGCCCAUCAAUUGCUCCCAGAGCAGAGGUAUUCGCGUGUACAGUUUGUCGAAAACCCAGCAAAGCCAAGUAUUAUCUAGAUGACACGGUGGAGAUUGUUAGGAUGCUGCAGGGUUUGGCAUCUGUUUCUGAGCAAAACAUCUCUGUAGACUUUCUGAAAGACAAAAGAUAGGUGCACUUCGUCUUCGCUCUUUGUGACUGCUAUAGUGUAAGCUGAAUGGUGCUUGCACAUUAUUUUCUAUUUCCCUGCUUUUCUCGUGAAUCAUGUAAAUGACUGUAGUCUUAAGAAAAUUGUGCAAUCAGACUCUUUUUGGCAUUUGUUGCUGUAAAUCUGUAGAUGUGUCUGUGCAUGUAAUCCAAACUUGCUUUACUGCAAUUGAUAAUAUACCCUUGAAUAGGGGAACUUUGUUCCUGAUUAUUGUGUUAGCUAUUAGCUUCCCUUAAAAAGAUUGAAUUUGCCCUUGCCUGUUUUCAAAUAUUCUCUUCUUGUUUGAGUUGGUAUGUCUGAUGGUAUUCGAUAUGCUAUCUAAGAGUAGAGUUGCUAUUUUCAUCAUGGGUAUACUUCAUACUUUCUUUUUUGGUGUGCGUCUGAGAUUUCAUACUUAUGGUUAGGAUGGUUUUUAGUCAAUCCUUCUCAUUGCGGCCAUUGGUUGGAUGGCGGAAGCUACUCGAUGUCUUCUUGCACUCCAUUUCGUUUGAUUUCACAACUUCUGUCAGUUCCCAGAGAUGGACCUGGAUUUUGGAUCUAUCUAACCCAUUGUUGGUUGGUUCAUUUCUACUCGAGUUAUUAUGCCCUUUGCAACUUUCUGUUGAGGAGUCUGGACCCCGAGAGACGAGCACAAUAUGAUCAAUUCAGAGAUGACAUCGUUUCUUAUACGGAUCUGCAGACUUGUGAAUGGCAUUUUGGGGCCGAAUGGUGAUCUCGUAAGUAACUACAUUCGGUUUCAUACUUGGGAACUAAUCUUGCUUGGCAAGUACGUGCCAGAACGGUACUGGAUGUGUUUAGUAUUGCCGAAUUCCGAGUGAACUGGUAAGAGUAGGGAAGCUGGGGGUUCUCAGUCUGCAUGAUUAGCAAUGAAACUAGUUCUUGUAUAAGCGUGUGUGGGGAGUCUUUGUGGAAGAAGCAAAAAUCACCAGUGGAAAGUAAAGAAGUACGUCUGUACGUACCAGUUUGUCUAGUUCACAACAGCCAUCAUCCAUGUGAACACAUAAAAGGUUUCAGAAGAAGAUAUGAGGUCCUUUGGUCCUGGUCGUGGUUGACGUGAAAGACUGAAACUUUAGGUCCGUAGCUUUUAUACUUCUGAACUUUGUUUUGGGUACUUCAUCGCCGAUAGUGAUGUAGACAUGAUCGACUUCCACUGUAAUGUCCAUACAAACAGAAGGUUCCAAGUUCUAACUGAAGAACUCGAGCUACAGCAAAGUUCAGAGUCGAGAAAAUGCGUAGAUACUUAUUCAAGGAAUCAUGACACAGAAAGACGAAGGACAUUGAACUUUUAGUAUUUUAUUUCACCAAUAACAUUGAAGAGUAUAGCUCCUUCAUAAAUCAUUUCACCAAACACACCAUUGUUUUCCCCUGUUGAACAUUAAACACUUGUUUCCUAAAGAUAUAAUUUGACUAGG